AUGCAGUUAAUGCUAAAGUUAAAGUUUGUCAGUUUCAGACUUAUCAUUUCCACCGCUCAUUUCAUUUCCGCCGCUCAGCUCAUCCCUCUCACUCCUCACCUCAAAAGCUCUCGCCUCUAUGUCUCUCACCUAGACUGCCAACGCCACCAUCGGCCCAUAGCCGGAGUCUUCUUCGGCCCCGCCUCUCCCCCGUGGCUCGUCACGGACGACAUACGGAAGAUAUUCCCUCUCGUUCUCUCCCUCAUGGAUCAGAAUCCAAAUGCUUCGUUUACUCGCAAGGCGUCAGUGAACUACACGAAAACACCUUCUCGAGAAUCUUUGUAUAACAAGCAGGCUUGGGCUAAAGAAGAUCUACUGAGAGAACAAAACAAAGAAUUGCAAACUUACAGCAAAUUGAUGUGUAUUCUUAAAGAUGGCCUGAGUGGUAAUUCUCAUACUAUAAUGAUCAUCACCAUGUUAACACUUUGAAGUAUGCUCACCGAACAAAGGAAAUUAAGGCACAUAUUCAGGUUAAUAAACAGAGAUGCCUUUUACCAGCUACGGAUUGCUAAAGGCCUAAAGCUAAGGAGGUGCCUCUUCCCAAUUACAAAUUGCUCCAGUUGGUUAAAUACAUUUGAAAUUCGUUUAAUUUGAGUGCUAUGUUACACAACUGUGAAAUUGUGCAAAUAGUGAAUUACUAUAUGACAUUUCAUAAUAUGCUUUUGUAGAUUUUGUUUUUUUAA